GUGACGUCAGAGUAAACUUCCAAGAUGGCCGAGUUCUUGAAGGGGCUACCAUCCCAUAAUGAACACAACUUCACAAAAUUCCACGCAGAUGCCAGCUGUAAAAGUACAAUACGAAAACCUGCUGUAUAUAUCUGUACAAAAGAUCAUCCAUCUGAACAAGUGAUAACAACAGAAAAGACCAAUAUAUUACUACGGUACUUGCACCAACAAUGGGAUAAAAAGAACACAAGUAAAAAGAGGGACUAUCAGCGAGCAGAGUUAGGAGCAUCUGAAGCUAGUCCAUCAAAUAAAAUGGCAAGAAGAGAAAGUGGGGAUUCCAGAUGAAGGAUGGACAAAAGCACUGAAAUCAUUCUCAUUUUACAUCGUAAUACACUUCAUAUAGUUCAUCUCUGUCAUGUUGUGACUUAUGUUCUCAGUUUGUAUUUUGUUGGAAUGAUAGUAAACAUCAGCGAUCUUGUGCCACAACUAUGUGCAAAUCUUUGUGCAAUACAGAGCAGAGUCGUUGAAGCAGCAUAGUUCCAUAAAGAAAGCUGGGUAUACCAGUGUGUAGACUGAUUUCUAUGAUUGUCCUGUUGCCCAGAUUUUUCAGCUAUGGCAUGCUCUUCACCAAAGAAGAUACUUCCAACAAAAAAGCACCAGUUAAACAUGCAGCAUUGACAAAUUCACUGGUGCGAAUGUGGAUUAAUGCAGUCGUCUAACAUACUCCAUCAAGCACUUGUGAAUACUUUAUUUACACAAGGGUAACAUCAUAAAAAGAAAAAAGAUUUGCCUAUUGGAGGAAUUUUUUUUGAACUUGAAUGGUGGUGCCAUUCCCUCAAAAUGUUUAUUGUAUAACAUACAGCAUUGCCAUUUUAGCUCCCACAGGAGCUUUGGAAAACCUCUCACUGCCUGUUCAUGUUACAAACUUGAUAAUAAGACAUUUUGACAAGGGGAUGACUCAGAAGCCUCUCAUGGACUUAUAGUUUUUUUUAAACAGCAAUCUUAUAGCAACUGUUCAAGAAGCAUCAAAAGAGGAAACAUCUCACUGCUGAAGGUUUUGUGUGUGAUUUAUUGUACAUGCACUGAUUUAAGAAAAUGUCAAAUUUUUCAGUGCAUUGACACAUAUGCACAGCUGAAUUGAUGCAGUAUUUUUUUCAACAUUAGAACUUGUUAAAGGUAAAGUAAUGUGACAAACUGAACUCUAAUAGUUUUGAUUUCCUCAUUUCUUCCUUGGUAUCCUCAUAAAUCCACAAGUCACUGAAUAAUAUUUUAUUCAGAAAGGGACUAGCUAUACUUCAAUCUUGAUUUAUCUAUAUCUGAAGUAAUACCAAGGACGUAAUGGGAAAAGUUUGCCUCACACAUGGUGUUUUUUGAUAUUGCAGUGACUAUGAUCAAUUGCUCCUACAAACGCUGGUUUUUUAGACCACGUGACAACAGCUUCAAUAUGGAAUUGCCAAUGACUGUUUACUCCCAGUGAGGCUGCAUUAUGUUAACUCCAUGUAAAGGUUGCUCAUCUAAUAGCUUCUUAUGGAUUUUUGUCUUACAAAGUAGAGCAGUUUAUUUCAUGCCUCUUCUGGAAAACUUUAUUUAUUUUACCAUGUUUUCAUUCAAGUCAUCAGUGUUGAAUUAUGUUUCAAAUGGUGCCAAUCUUGGCACUUUUUAUUCAUGUUUCUAUGUUGGAAUGAUGUUAUAUGCAGGGCCAAUAUUGGACCUAGGUCAAGUACAGCAAGCUCAGAUGUACAGUGUAGAAACUGUAAAUAAAAUCUAUGUAAAUGAA